AUGGUGGGGGAACGUAGAAGCAGAGACUUGCUGGUGCCCCUGGGCCCACGACUUCAGGCAUACCCUGAGGAGCUGCUUCGGCAGAGACAGGGGCAUGAUGGGCAUCCAGAGUACUUGAUCCGUUGGACUGUCCUUCAGAGAGGGAAGGAGGGUGGAGUGGGCAGUGGCAGCUCCCUGGAGGGCAAGGCAGAGCAUAUCCUGAUGUGGCUCUCAGCCCCUGAGGUCUAUGCCAACUGCCCCAUGCUACUUGGUGAACGAGCACCUGCCAAAGGACCACAGCAUGAACCAGCGGGGAGCGUGGGGGCCUUUCCCCGGGAUGCUGGGGGGCUGGAUGAAACCUCCCUGGGAGAGAUGGCUACAGAUGUCCGGGAGCUGGUGCGUCGAGCCGCCCGACAGCUGGACGGUGGCGGGGGUUCCAGUCCUGCAGCCUCCGUGCUACACACCAUCCACGUGCUGAGUGCCUAUGCCAGCAUCGGGCCCCUGGCUGGUGUCUUCAGAGAGACCGGAGCCUUGGACCUGCUCAUGCACAUGCUGGGUAACCCUGAGCCACAGAUUCGAAGAAGCGCUGGCAAGAUGCUACAGGCCUUGGCGGCCCAUGAUGCUGGGAGCAGGGCCCAUGUGCUCCUGUCCCUGAGCCAGCAGGAUGGCAUCGAACAGCACAUGGAUUUCGAUAGCCGCUCCACUCUGCUGGAGCUCUUUGCAGAGACCACAUCCUCGGAAGAGCACUGUAUGGCCUUUGAAGGGAUCCACCUGCCCCAGAUCCCUGGAAAGCUGCUCUUCUCCUUAGUGAAGCGUUACUUGUGCGUCACAUCCCUCCUGGACCAGCUAAGUAGCAGCUUGGAGUCCGGGGCUGGGGAGCGGGGAAACCGGUACUCUCCUAACAAGGCCUCUGGUGUGGAGAAGAGCCGUGGACAGCGGGAAUUGGAGUUUAGCAUGGCCAUGGGCAACCUGAUUUCAGAAUUGGUUCGGGGCAUGGGAUGGGACCGGGGCCCGGGGAGGCAGCCUGCAUCUCCCCCACGGCCUGCCCGAUCCAUCUUUCAGCCCCGAUCAUCUGUGCCAACCCCCAUCCUGCCAACCCUGCUUAACCCUACUUCCCCCAGGAGGCCGAGCCGGGCCUUCAGACCACGGUCUGAGUUCUCCAGCCUGAGUGGCUAUGCUGACUAUGUUCAGGAGACACUGCAGCCAGGGAUGCGUGUUCGAAUGUUGGAGGAUUAUGAGGAGAUCAGUGCUGGGGACCAAGGAGAGUUCCGGCAGAGCAACAACGGAAUGCCCCCUGUACAGGUGCUGUGGCAGUCUACUGGCCGUACAUACUGGGUACACUGGCACAUGGUGGAGAUUCUGGGUCCUGUAACUGAAGACAAAGUUGUUAUUGGCCUAGAGAAAGGGACAGGGGGCAUACUCUCAUGUCUUUUGCCUGCAGUACCUCCUUCUUUAGGCUGGAAACCCCUUGCAAGGUUGUAUGCUCUACCAUACCUUAAACCUGAGGCUCAAAGCAAUACAGAGUCUGGAUGUCUGAGCCAGGCUGAAUGGUGGGAGCUGCUUUUCUUCAUCAAGAAGCUGGAUGGGCCUGAGCAACAGGAGUUUCUCCGGCUUCUCCAGGAGAAACCAGAUGGGGAGACUGUGAAGGAGGAAGACCUCAGUGAGCUCAGAGUCCCUAUGGAGUUGGCAGAGAAGCUAGUCCUGGCACUUAGUAGGCAGGUUCAAGGCAGCACCCACAGUGACCUGCUGAGUUCUCUUGUCUACAACAAAUUCAGGCCAAAGUCCAACACAGGGAAUUCAGCCAACUCGGUCAAUGCACCCCCUCCAGAGCCUCCUCAGGACACCUGUAGCCCUAAGGUCUCGUUUCCAGACUCCAAGGCAGCAGUGGAUGGGGAGGAUGAGACAGAAUCCCAGGGGAGGGAAGUGUCAGCAGCACCUAAAGCUGAGCUGCUGUUUCCGAGCCUGGUGGGGGAUGCAGAGCCCUCUGGGCAGCUGUUAUUGGAGCUGGAGCUAAGCAUAUGCCAGGAGGGAAUCAGGGAGGGUCAAGUGAGUCGGCUCCUGGGGCAGCUCCAGCACCAGCCCCAAGCCUUCCUGCUGCUGCUACAAAGCCUGGAGACCCCUGAAAACAAGGCCCUUCAAAUGACUGGGCUGAGAAUACUGAACUGCCUCCUGGAGAUCUCUACGGACUCAACUCUUCCCUGGCACAAAGUGGCCUCUUCUUGUUUGGCCAGCCUGAGAAUGCCCAGCAAAGACCAUGAGGUAGUCCAUGAGUUAAUUUGCUUCCUACAUCGCCUGGCCACAGUGCACAAGGACUGUGCAGUGGUGCUGUGCCACCUGGGAGCCCAAGAGGCCCUCACCAAGGUCUUGGACAAGCACAAGGAACAACUACCCCUGGGCUCUGAGCUCAGGGAUCUAGUUGGGGAGUAUGAGAAGCAUGCCCAGCUUUACAGCAAUCUCACCAAAAGCAUCUUGGCUGGCUGCAUCCAGAUGGUGCUCGGCCAGAUUGAAGAACACAGACGAACCCACCGACCCAUUAACAUCCCUUUCUUUGACGUCUUCCUCAGGCAUCUCUGCCAGGGUUCUGGCAUGGAAGUUGAGGACAAGUGUUGGGAGAAGAUGGAGGUGUCAUCCAAUUCUCACUGGGCCAGCAAGCUGACUGACGGAAAUCCCAAGACCUACUGGGAAUCCAAUGGCAGCACAGGCUCUCACUACAUCACACUGCACAUGCACCGGGGGGUCCUUGUCAGACAGCUGAUGCUCCUUGUGGCAAAGGAAGACUCGAGCUACAUGCCCGCCCGAGUGGUGGUGCUGGGAGGAGACCAUGCCCACUCUGUCAGUACCAAGCUCAGCACGGUAAAUGUCACGCCUUCCGACAGUCAGGUGCUUCUCCUGGAGAACAUGACCCGCUUCUGGCCCAUCCUGCAGAUUCAUAUCAAGCGCUGCCAGCAGGGUGGCAUUGACACCCGUGUGCGAGGGGUGGAGGUGCUGGGCCCCAAACCCACAUUCUGGCCGCUGUUCCGGGAGCAGCUGUGUCGCCGCACACACCUUUUCUACACCGUCCGAGCCCAAGCCUGGAGUCAGGACAUCGCUCGGGACCGGAAGCGCCUGCUACAACUCUGCCCUAGACUGAACGGGGCUUUACGCCAUGAGCAGAGUUUUGCAGAUCGAUUCCUCCCCGAUGACGAGGCUGCCCUGGCCCUAGGAAGGACCUGCUGGGAGGCCUUGGUCAGCCCCUUGGUGCAGAGCAUCACUGCUCCUGAUGGCAGUGGGGUGAGCCCGUUGGCCUGGCUGCUGGGCCAGUACCUGGAGCAUAGAGAGAAGGCCCGUUGCCCACAAGGCCGAGCAGAUUCAUUUGCCUCCCGGGUGCGUCGCCUCAGCCACCUGCUGGUACACGUGGAGCCUCCCCCAGGACCUCCUCCUGAGCCUCCCACCCGGCCUAAUGGCAAGAACAGUAAGAUUUGGGAGCUGAACUCAGGGGCUGGCCUGGGCCCUCCUGGAGGCAGCCUGAGGGGGAUCACCCAGUGUUGGAGGGGUGUGGUGCAAGAGCAGGUGAGCAGGUUUCUGACCGCAGCCUGGCAAGCCCCGGACCUCGUGCCCAGAUACUGUGACACUUACGAGCGACUCCAGAGCGCCGGGGCAGAACUCUUUGGGCCACGGGCAGCCUUCACGCUGGCCCUGCGCCAGGGCUUUUCUGGGGCUCUGCUGCAGCUCUCCUUCCUCACUGCUGCCCACGUGAGUGAACAGUUCGCCCGUCACAUCGACCAGCAGAUCCAGAAGAGCCGAGUGGGUGGCCCGAAGGGGGAAGAGGUGCUGGGCCAGCUGCAGCGGAGCCUGGAGCCCAUGAUGGUCCUCUCUGGCCUGGAGCUGGCCACCACCUUUGAGCACUUUUACCAGUACUACCUGGCUGACCGCCUCCUGAGCCUGGGUCCGAGCUGGCUGGAGCGAGCCGUGCUGGAGCAGAUCGGGCUCUGCUUCCCCAACCGCCUGCCCCAGCAGAUGUUGAGCAGCCUGAGCACAUCCCAGGAGCUGCAGCACCAGUUCCACCUUUUCCAGCUUGAGCAGAUUGACCAGCAGCUCCUGGAACAGGAGGAGGAUGAGGAGCACAGCCUGGAGGCCCGUCCCCAGGAGGAGCCGGUGGAGCAACUCCCGCCUGAAGAGCGGGCCCCUGAGGUGUCCGUGCUGGUCCUGUCUCCUCGCUGCUGGCCUGUGUCCCCCCUCUGCUAUCUCUAUGAGCCCAACAAGUACCUCCCCCCAGCUCUCAGCACCAGCCUCAGCAGAUUUUCCAACUUCUACAGUCAGAGUCAGAAUCAGCCAGCAUUGGGGCCACAGCGCCUACUCCAGUGGUCAUGGUUGGGCCGGGCUGAACUGUCAUUUGGAGCUCAGACUCUACAUGUCUCUACUUUGCAGAUGUGGCUUCUUCUGCAUUUCAACCAAAUGGAGGAGGUGGCCUUGGAGACUCUGUUGCAGACCUCAGAUCUCUCCCCUGAGCUUCUGAUGCAAGCACUCCAGCCCCUCACUUCAGGCCUUGGGCCACUAAGCCUGCAGGAAGGCCAGGAUCUCCCACCUGGGGGUGUGCUGCAGCUUCGGGAGGUAGAGAAGGAGCCUGGGGAGGAGGCCUUGUGGCUGCUCCCCCCCCAGACAUACCUGAGUGUGGAAGAGGAUGAGUGCCGGACCCUGGAGAGGAAGAGGAACCUCCUGAGCUGCCUCCUUGUCAGAAUCCUCAAAGCCCAUGGGGAGAAAGGCCUGCACAUUGACCAGCUUGUCUGUCUGGUACUGGAAGCCUGGCAGAAGGGCCCUUCCUCAGCCAAGGACUUGGGCAGCAGCACCGGUGGGGAGGCUGGGUGCAGCGGGGCUGACGUCCUCUCCUGUGUCCUCCAUCUCCUGGGCCAGGGCUACAUGCGGAGGCAGGAGGAGCGGCCCCAAAUCCUAGCAUAUGCAGCCCCUGAGCCAGAGGGGCCUCCUCUAGAACCCCCCAACCUGGUCCCCCUGGGACCUACCCCACCCUCCACCUUCCACACGCUGGAGAUCCGAACCAGAACGACCCCAAGUCCCUCGCCUCCUACUCGGACCUUUUCCACCUUCCGAUAG